UCUCCCUUUCCUCUGUCAGCUGCGAGAAUGAAGACCAUUCUCAGCAACCAGAUUGUUGACAUCCCUCAGAAUGUUGACAUCUCCUUGAAGGGCCGUACAGUUACUGUAAAGGGGCCCAGAGGUGUCCUGCGGAAAAACUUCAACCACAUAAAUGUUGAACUGUGUCUCAUGGGCAAGAAGAAGAGGAGGCUUCGUGUUGACAAAUGGUGGGGUAACAGAAAAGAGCUGGCCACAGUGCGCACCAUUUGUAGUCAUGUGCAAAACAUGGUAAAAGGAGUCACACUGGGCUUUCGUUACAAAAUGAGAUCUGUGUAUGCUCACUUUCCCAUCAACGUUGUCAUUCAGGAGAGCGGAUCUCUUGUGGAAAUCAGGAACUUCUUGGGUGAAAAGUAUAUCCGUAGGGUUCGCAUGAGAUCAGGUGUUGCAUGCACCGUAUCCCAAGCCCAGAAAGACGAGCUGAUUCUUGAAGGCAAUGACAUUGAACUUGUAUCAAACUCCGCUGCCUUGAUCCAGCAAGCCACCACAGUAAAGAAUAAGGAUAUCAGAAAAUUCUUGGAUGGUAUCUAUGUGUCUGAAAAGGGUACAGUCCAGCAGCUUGAAGAGUAAAAGCCUGCAAAAGCCUGGUUCCUGUGCUGCUUUCAAAAUAAAGUCCCUUUAUCUAA